GUAAUACCCAACCAAAGUUGAGAUUCUGCCACCUUUAUUUAUACUGAGCAAUACAUGUGAAGUCCUAUGUUUGAAGAAAGAAAACAGGCACAUCAAUUUGAGGGGGCUGACUUUGGAAAAGAGAGACCACAAUGCAGACGUCAGAGACUGGGUCAGAUACAGGUUCGACAGUGACUCUACAGACAUCAGUGGCUGGCCAGGCAGCAGUGCCCACGCAGGUAGUACAGCAAGUACCAGUUCAGCAACAGGUACAACAGGUGCAGACUGUGCAGCAGGUACAGCAUGUCUACCCAGCACAGGUGCAGUAUGUGGAGGGAAGUGACACAGUCUACACAAAUGGAGCUAUCCGAACAACAACUUAUCCUUACACAGAAACCCAGAUGUACAGCCAAAACACUGGGGGGAACUACUUUGAUACGCAAGGAAGUUCUGCACAGGUGACAACAGUGGUCUCCUCCCAUAGUAUGGUGGGGACUGGAGGAAUUCAGAUGGGUGUCACAGGAGGACAGCUCAUUAGCAGCACAGGAGGGACUUAUCUGAUUGGCAAUUCAAUGGAAAAUUCUGGUCAUUCAGUGACACACACAACCCGGGCCUCCCCAGCUACAAUUGAAAUGGCGAUUGAGACACUGCAAAAGUCUGAUGGUCUGUCUACUCACAGAAGCUCUCUUCUCAACAGCCAUCUCCAGUGGCUCCUAGACAACUAUGAAACAGCAGAAGGAGUGAGUCUCCCCAGGAGUACCCUUUACAACCAUUACUUACGACAUUGUCAGGAGCACAAGUUGGACCCAGUUAAUGCUGCCUCCUUUGGAAAACUUAUAAGGUCAAUUUUUAUGGGGCUACGGACCAGGAGACUGGGAACCAGGGGGAACUCCAAAUAUCAUUACUAUGGGAUUCGUGUCAAGCCAGACUCUCCUCUUAAUCGGCUACAAGAGGACAUGCAAUAUAUGGCUAUGAGACAACAACCCAUGCAGCAGAAACAGAGGUACAAGCCUAUGCAGAAAGUGGAUGGGGUUGCAGAUGGUUUCACAGGAAGUGGUCAACAGACAGGCACAUCUGUUGAGCAAACUGUAAUUGCCCAAAGUCAACAUCAUCAACAAUUUUUAGAUGCAUCUCGAGUACUUCCAGAGUUUGGAGAAGUUGAAAUAUCUUCUCUGCCAGAUGGUACUACUUUUGAGGAUAUCAAAUCACUGCAGAGUCUUUAUCGAGAGCACUGUGAGGCAAUAUUGGAUGUUGUAGUGAAUCUUCAAUUUAGUCUGAUAGAAAAAUUGUGGCAAACUUUUUGGCGUUAUUCUCCCUCCACUCCAGUUGAUGGCACUACUGUUACCGAACCAAGCAAUCUGAGUGAAAUAGAAAGUCGACUUCCGAAAGCAAAGCUGAUAACUCUGUGCAAAAAUGAGUCUAUUCUGAAAUGGAUGUGUAACUGUGACCAUGUGAUGUACCAGGCUUUGGUGGAGAUUCUCAUUCCUGACGUCCUUAGACCUAUUCCUAGUGCCUUGACCCAAGCCAUUCGCAAUUUUGCAAAAAGCCUUGAAGGUUGGCUUUCCAAUGCCAUGAACAAUAUUCCACAGAGAAUGAUACAAACCAAGGUUGCCGCUGUAAGUGCCUUUGCCCAGACUCUGCGAAGAUACACAUCUCUUAAUCACCUGGCUCAGGCAGCUCGUGCCGUGCUUCAGAACACAUCUCAAAUUAACCAGAUGCUCAGUGACCUCAACCGUGUUGAUUUUGCCAAUGUCCAGGAGCAGGCUUCCUGGGUGUGCCAGUGUGAUGACAACAUGGUUCAGAGACUAGAAACAGACUUCAAGAUGACUCUACAGCAGCAGAGCACUCUGGAGCAGUGGGCUGCCUGGCUUGAUAAUGUCAUGAUGCAAGCGUUGAAACCAUAUGAAGGAAGACCCAGCUUUCCAAAAGCAGCAAGGCAAUUUCUGCUAAAAUGGUCUUUCUACAGUUCAAUGGUGAUUCGAGAUUUAACCUUGCGCAGUGCUGCUAGCUUUGGCUCUUUUCAUCUGAUCCGCCUGCUUUAUGAUGAAUACAUGUUUUACUUAGUAGAGCAUCGUGUUGCUCAGGCAACUGGAGAGACACCUAUAGCAGUUAUGGGAGAGUUUGGCGAUUUAAAUGCUGUGUCCCCUGGAAAUAUGGAUAAAGAUGAGGGCAGUGAAGUGGAAAGCGAAAUAGAUGAAGAGCUGGAUGAAAAUGGAGAGCCACAAGCCAAGAGAGAGAAAACAGAGCUCAACCAAGCAUUUCAGGUGGGCUGCAUGCAGCCAGUACUUGAGAGUGGAGUACAGCAGAACCUCCUGAACCCACUUCACAAUGAGCACAUUGUCACAAGUACUCAGACUAUCAGACAGUGCAGUGCGACUGGAAAUACAUAUACUGCAGUCUAACUGUUAAAGCUUUUUUUUCCCCAGAUUACAUUAGCCCUAUUGAUGUUGGGCUUAUUAUGACAAAAGAGAAUAAGUCUGAAGGUCGACUGUUGUCAAAUUUUAGCUGUGCUGAACAUUACCUUUCUUGGAGUUGUGAAAUGGAAUGGGUGUAUGUAUUUUGCCAGAUCUGUUUUAAGAACAUUUUUGUAAACAAAAUCAUUUUACAUUGGCCGCUCAAUAUUAAGAGUUUUCUUAGUUUCAAGUGUCAAGAAGGAUUUUGCAAAGCUUAAUGUUAAUGUUUUUGUCCUCUUACAAUUAAAGUAAUUUAAAUUUUUUCAUAGUUUUUUUAAAAUAUUUUAAUGUUAAUUGUUAGCUGUGGUGAUUUCAUAUACAUCGUUUUUUAAUUAGAUGCACUUCUGUGAAAUAUCAAAAGAAAUAUUUUCUUUGAUUCACACUGGAGGCAUACUCAUUUGACAGCAGCUGCAUCAACUUUAUUAUGAAAAGGUGCUUUUCAUUGGACAGAACUAGAAGACACUAUUUUGAUAAUGUUUCCGAGUGUUCAGGGGAAAAGUAUUGGGAAUUUUUAUCAUAAUGCUGGAGGGUUGGGAAAAUCUACUGUUUUCUUUCUCUGAGGAAGAAGUGAAAUUUCUGCAUUCACGAAUGCAGAAUAAAUGGGAGAAUUUUAACAGAAUGUGGUAAUGUGUACGUCAUAUGCGUACCUUGUUAUCAGAUCAUCACGUAAACAAUGCAAGCUUCCUUUUAGAAACAACCGUUUUGGAGUUUAUUUGCAUACCAGUUCCUCUGUUUGAAGACUACUGAUUCUAUAUUGGGACCACUGCACAGAUGCUUUUGGCUGUUAAGUGGGACUGUAGUUGUUAGAAACUGAAGCUGCAAAAGAAGUGACUUGAUUUUUUUUUUUAAGUGUACAUGCUACUUAUGCUGAACUGGACAUGCAGGAAACCAUUCCAUUUGGAUGACUUUCUUCUAUUCCAGGUCUUUUUCCUACUAGUAGUUCAAUCUGCUGCUCUUAUAAAAGAUAAUUUAUAGAAUGCAAGGAAUGUAGCAACCUGCAUCAUAUUUCUUUCAAAAAUAUUUCCUGGUUCUUAAAGUGGAUUUAAAUUUUUACAAAAAUUAAAAUAAGGCAGUGUAACUGGCACACCUCACGUGUACUUAUUCCCAAUUGCGUAGAAUUUGAAUAGGUGGCUAGAUGGACCAUUGCCAUUUAAGAAUGUACAUCAGGGAUCAUUGUACCUCGGCUAUUACAUGGUGCCUUAAACAGAACUGAAGCUAAGAUUUAGUACUUUUUGUUAUUGUUAAUAACUCUUAAAUUCAUCCAACAAGGUGUGCCUGUCAUUUUUCAAAUUCCCUAAGAAGUAAGGGCAGGUUACAUAGUCUUCAAAGGAAAAAAGGAAUUUUUUUAUUAAAUGGUUUUAAUAUCCCUCUUAGAGUAACAAUAAGCCUAUUUUUUCUUGUUUCUAGCUGAAUUUCACUUUAUUACAAGUCAAAUUUGCUUGGGGUUUGAAAAGCAAAACUAGCUUUAAUACAAACUUCAGAUGUUGUUAAUGAAGUAAGUCAACCCUAGUCCCAAGCAUGGUUAUAUAUUUUCUAAGCCCUUGUGUACUUUUAAUUUUAGAAAAUAAACAGAAUGAGCAGGUACUUAAUGCAGCAUACGUUUCCAAUUUGGAUAUGUGGUGGGGUGUUAGCCUGCUAUUAUGUUUAAUGGUUAAAUCAUGGGGAACACUUCUACAUCCUAUUUUAAUUGAUAUAAAAUAUCUUAUAAGCAUUUGAACCAUUUUGUUAUUUUUAAAACAGGUACAUGAAUUUAUUCUUCAGAUAGUGAAAAUAAAUAAGCAAGCAAAAAACCAGAAGCCAAAAAUGGAGGAAAGCACAAAAAAUAUUCAGUCCUACAAACAAGGACUGUAGGAAAAAAUUAGGGAGUUAUUUAGGCUGGUUUACCUAGUGUGUCUAUGAAAUGAUCUUUGAAAUUACAUAUACCAAAUGGAUGAACAGCAUGUGAGAGAAUAUAUUUAUAGCAUACAGGUUUGUUGCUAGAGUACUCAUACGCUCCAAGGAGAGCAACAGAUUAACUAAAUUGUCCUAAUUGUAAACAUUUUUAAUGUAUGAAACAUUUUUUAAGUUGCUUAACAUUGUGCUUUACAGAAUUUGAGGUAGAACCCUACACGUUCUAUCUAGGCAUAGGUCCCGCUGAAGUCAGUGGGUGUUUUUGCCUCAGUAGCAAGUGCAAAAUAGAGUUUAUGUCAGAUUUUUUAAAAUUUACACAGGCACUAAAUUGAAUCAUAGAUUUUGUUCACCCACAUCUUAUUUAAAUAUGUUCUGAUUUUUUUCCUUAAAAACAGCAUGUCUGCACCCCUCACCAAAAAAAUAACCUAAGCUGUGAUAAAUAUCUACUCCCCUUCAUUGUGCAUUAUGAAAUGUUUACAGAUAAAAUAAAGUGAAAUUAAAUAUGAAAAUAAACAUUUUUCAUUGUCAACAUAGUUUUUAAUGCUCUAAUACUGAUGUUCUAUAAUAACUAGUUUCAUCUUUUGUGUUUGACAAAACUUAAAUGUUUUAUCAUUGUCCUUAAUUGUUUUUAAUGUUGGAUUUGUUGCUGAGAGAGAGGCGUGAUUGUAAUGUGAAAGUAUAGAUUUCUAAAAGAGGUGGGACCUGUAAGCCUUCAACUUUUCCCCUCCGUUGUUCACUGUUUCCAUUGUGUGCAAAAACAAAAAAAGGAAUUUCCAUCCAGUAGUUAAUAUUUGUGCCUUUGUUGAACAGAUAGUAAACUGAAUUUCAGAGCUUAAACAUGCCAAAAAUCCCAAUUAACUAGAGGUGAUCCCAAAAAGUUCACUAUCAAAACAAACUGGACCCCUGGCAGGUUUUGUUUGUUGAAUGGAGUUUGUAUUUCCACCUUUAUCCCUUGAUUUUACUCUCAAUUUUUAAAUCAUAUUUUCAUUACUCUCUUAAAAGAUCUCACCUUUAAUGAAAUAACAGCUGGUUCUUGUGUAUAUUUAUGGUUGGGGGGGGGAGGGGGAGAGUAUUUUUUUUAAUUUAAUAGAAUUGUAGUAAAGCCAGUAACACAUCUAUCCAUCUGUUUGCAUACUCCUUCCAUUUGCCGGUACCUGGGUAUGGAAAAUUCUUUUAGGUAAUAAAACAGGAAUGUGACGUCCCUGACCUCCAGAUUCUGCAACAUGUCACCUGUGACUGGACACUGGCACCAACUCAGAAGCCUACAAACACCUUGUUAGAAGUGCAGCAGUCUACCAGUGGGGAACAUGUUGCAGGAUCAGAGACCAUCUCAUUUGUGGGUUUAAUCUAAUUUUGACAUGGACUUAAGAACAAUGCUUUUAAGCAGUUUCCUCCAUUAGCACAAACAAUGCAGUGAACAAUGUAGGGGCCAUUGUUGAACCACUUUCUCAAAACACAGGGCCCAAUUUUCACAAGUUUUACAUGUCUGCAAAGCUGUUGGUACUUUUCCAUGGUUCUCAUUACAAACUAAUUUUAAAGUGACUGCUUUCUCACUUUCCAACUUGCUUUCCUCAUUGUGUUCACUCUUGUACUGAGCUUGUUUUUAUGCACCUUUGUUUAGAUAAUGUUCCUUCAGCAAAACGUGGAGAAAAACGUUAACAUUGUUUACCUACCACAUGAGUGGUGUGCAACAUUACUGCCUUUAGUUCACAAAGGGGUGAAAUAGAUUAAGUGCUGGUGUACUGUCAUUCAGGAAUGUAUAGGUAUAUAUAUGAUUUUAAUUUAAAACGAGGUAUUUUUAAAUGUCUGAAACACUGCUGUGCUCAAAUUAUUUUCACUAGGAAACCUGAUCUUGAAUCUUUGUGAUUCUCAUUAGUUGACAUCUGCACUGUUUAGGAAAACACUUUUAUUAGUUGAAACUGCACUGCAAUCCAUUUUAAUUUACAGAAGUGAUUUUACCGAACAAAAGAAUAAUUUAUAGCCAUAAAAAGAAAUUAAUGAAUAAUUUAACUUUGGAAUAGUAGAAGUAAUUUUUGGUACUUACAUGUGACAUUAACUCCAGAAUAUUAAUGUCGGAGAGCAGUACUCAUUUCUGAAAAUUGGGCCCUUGUCUCUAUAUUACAGGACAACCUCUUGUGUAUAUGGUUAAAACAGUCAAUGAAUGGAAUUCUAGUAUCUCUGAUUUGUUUGGUGAUUUAAAAAGAAAAACUGGAAUAGAGGCAUAAACACACAAUGCUUAGUUCUAGUAUUAGAAAGUUCAUUUAAUGUAAUGCCUUGCAUUAACCCUUUGAGCAUUGUAAGUCACAUAAUGAUAAUCAGAAGAUUUUCAGGUAACUUAAUUAGUCCACUGACAGUAUUCUACAUCCAAGUGUCUGGUAAGGUUGUAUAUAGCUAUGGGCCUUUUUUUUUCUUUUUCCAAAUCAAAUACUUGCAUACUACAUAGGCUUAAUUUUGAUGUAGACGGUUUAAUAAAAUUAAGCUAAACUAUUAAUUGCCAUCUAUGUGCACUAUCUACAGCAAAACAGUACAUCAGUUCCUUUGGUUUCAUCAAGUCAGUAGGUUGUGCUGGAAUACACCAGUACUGUAAAAGGAAAUGUCUAGGAAUAAAAAGAAAACAAAAGUGUUUUAGUAAAGAAGGAAGAAUUUUGGUGGACAUCUAGGUUUCAGCACAUCUUUUUGAUAAACAAUUGAAAAACCACCUAACCUUAUUCAUGCUAUGUUUAACAUUUUGUCACUGUAAAAAUAACAUAUGGGUCACUCAGUUCUGGUUCAUCUAGGGAUGAAGCUAUGGAUGAUACUUAGCGUGCCCAAAUUUAAAAAUAGCCUAUAAAUUUACAUCUGCCUUUGGCAUGCUGAAAACCACCUUUUGUUCUCAUAAAUAAAUAGCGCACAGAUUCAAAGCUGGAAGGAGGUCCUUUGAAAAUAUAGCUCUAGAUGUUAACUCAUGAAAUGAGAAUACUGCAGCUAUAUUAGCAUCUCUGCAACAGCAACCAGUGAGCAGCAUUAUCUGCAGCUGUGCUUGCUUUAAUGUAGCUGAGUGCAGAAGAGGUCUCAAAUUAAAAUGUUAAGUGGAAUUACAUCAGUAGUAUAUAGUGCAAGUAUGUUGUAAACAUUUCUAGUCAGUUAAUGCAAAUUCAUACAUAAUUAAUUAAAACAAAUGCAAUACUCAAAGGGUUUUAAUUUAACAAUUUUUUAUUCUUCAUAAUUUACUGUAAAUGCUUCUGUUUGCAUGCCUUGAUCAUUGCUGCUAGUGAUUUUAUGUGCCAGUAGACCUGAGUUUAAUUUACCAGUUUUACUUAAGAAAUAGUAAAAGCCACUUACAAAGUGACUGCCUAGUUUUUGUUUGAUGUAAAAUACGCCUUAUUUUCAAAAGUUGUUUUAAACCAUUUCCUUUUGUUCUGGUUUUGUUUUUAUUAUUAUGAUUAUGGCUAUUAUUAUUAUUUUAAAAUAAAUUAUGACGUUGGGAUUGGAAGCCCUGAGUAAUGAAAUCUUUGGUAAGAAUCAUUCACGCAGAUUGAUUCCUAAGGGAGGUAUUAGUCACAGAGAAGAGUGCCCAGCACAAGAUAGCAUGCACCAGAUGAGCCUCCUUGAAGCCCUGAUUCAGGAAAACACUGCAGCAUCUGCUCUCAAGUGCUUUCUUGAUUUGGAGCCUGAAGUGGCACUGCUGAUCUUGCAGGGGCUAUCCACCCUGGUCUGAAUUUCACUCUGAAACAAUAGAUGUCUUUGUUAGAGGAAUGACAAGUUGGGAAGAACAGCAUCUCAUUGAGUGGUAAUUACCAGGGGCCCAAUUCAGUACUCCAGGCUGAAGAAAAUUACCCACUGAAGUCAAGAAAUACUAAAAGGGCCUGAGCUAAAUUUUCCUUGUAUAAAACAUUGAAGUGACCACCUUUAUUUACACAUUAAAUGCAAUCUUAAAAUAACCCAGUAAAGAGAUUCUAAAUAUGCUUUUGUCAAAAAGUACCAUUUUGUACCAAAGCAAGUGCCCCGUGCUCCCCAUUCCUACUCAUCUCCAUUGCAAAUUUGGAUUUACAGUAGUAACCAGCAAGGCUGUUAAAGAAACUUAAGUGAGUGCCUUUCAAAAACUCAGAAAUUUGUGCCUGAGGUGGUAAACUUUGAUUAGGUUAUUCUACAGCUUACCAAUCAGUAAUUCUGCUAUCACUCAGGGCUUUCUUACCUUCUAGAAAACUUUCUUUGUUAUGUUUAUUUUAUAUUGUGGGGUUUUUUUAAGUGCCAUCUUUUAAAUUUCACUUAGUAAGUGGCAGAUUACAUUUGUCAGUCCCAUAAGCACAGACACAUAGUAACACUAGGAGAUAUUUGAACUUUUAUUUUCCAAUUGACUGAAUAUAUUAUGUAAAUGAGGUAAGCAACUUUUUGUAGAUUGUAUGUGUGAGAUAAUGUAAUGUUCUUUUCCAGUUUUUGGAUUACAGCUGAAUAUACUUUUUAAUUAUUUAAAGAAAACAUCUUUACAGAAUAACGUGAUGUUUUUUCUUUUUUUCUCUUUUUUUGUAUAAUGUAUUUGAUUUUGUAAAUACGUAUUUCCUGAUGUGAUUUUUGUGAGAAAUGCUAAAUCUUUUAGUAUAUCAUGUCCUCUCAAAAUUGGCAGGAGCUAAAUAAUAGUUUGUGGGCAAUUUGUAUUGUGUACUGUACAAUAACUGGGGAACUUUUAUAAUUAUAAAAAUAUAUAUUAACUUUUAGUGUGUUGUUUAAACAAAUGACUGGAACAUACUAAAGAUAGUAGGAUUUUUCUGAAUAUUUCAGACUUGAACUCAGGCUAGCUUUCUUGUGUUUUUCAAAACAAAAUUGUGU